AUGGCGUCCUACAAGGAAGCUUCCAAUGCCCGUCCCCUUGGCCAGUCCACGCCCCAUCCUCGCCAGUCCUCCGGCCGUCUGCAUUCCCACUCCAUAUCCCUGGGCGUCGUCAACACAAACCACCGCGUCACCCGGCGGAAGAGCAUGACCUCCACCGCCGCCGCCAACAUGACGGCUGUCGCUGCUGCGCUUGGUGAAUCCGCUGCCUCGCCAGGCGUGCCCUUGACCUCCUACCACCGUCGAGGCCUCAGUUCUCGAAAAGCCGGCUCCGAAUCCACCUCGAUGGGCUCGGCCUCUGCCUUUGGCUCAUACCUCGCCCAGCAACGGAAGCAUUCGCCCAAUGCCGCCGGGGGUAAUAGUAAUAGUAAUCAUAAUCAGAGCGGCGAAGAAACCUCCUCCGCGAGCCGCCCCAUCAGCACCAAACACCGCAACCGCCGCGCCAGCGAGGGCUCACAUCUGAUGAGAGGUGAAGGGAAGCGAUCCUUGAUUGAGUUGAAGACUGCUCCCGUACCUGUGGAUAGGUGGGAGCAUGACCCGGCGUGGGCGUACACCUCUAAACUUCUCAUCUCCAAGCAUCAGCAAGUCCAGCUCCUCGAAGCCGCGACCGUCCUCGUGAACAUGAACCAAGACGAUCCCGCCCAGUCUGAUGCUGCCAACUCGGGCGACUCGGAUCGAUCCUCCGUCUCGCCAACCGCCUCUGGCAUAUCAGAACUGCGUGACGAGUUGAGCUCGACCGAGACCACGCCUCCGCCAAUGGGGGAGGAGUCCAUGACGAAGUUGGCAGAUCAUCAUCGCUUCGGAUCUUCUGCCUUCUCGCGAUCAUUUCAGUCCGUUCCUUCGAGUUCCUUUGCUGGCAGUGCUCCCUCGUACUCGCCAGCUCGAUCUCACUUCCGCCAGUCGAGCAUAGACACUCGGCCCUCAACGGCUGAUACCGGCGUUCUGGAUGACGACGAGGCGGGAUUGGCCGCUGCCAUUGAGCUCUGCAAUUUUGGUACUCCACGCACGGGCCCAACAGUGAUGUCUUCUGACGUUCCCCCCGUCCCGCCCUUACCGGCUCGCUACUUGAGCCAAAGCAUGAGCAGCAACACUCUUGCUGGCGGUAGUGUGCACAAUACCGCACGAAGUUUCGACGUUCGAAGCACAACCUCCAAAGACGCUUCAUCCACUCCAACCAUGUUUAACCCCUUCCUCAUCAACCCGCCCCUCUCGUACAAGAUCUCGGACGAGCGGGACGUGAAGAUGGGCGAGGUCAAACCGAUUCAGGAAGAGGACGACGACUUUGAUCGGGGCUCAGUCGUUCCCAUGGAUGAGGAUGAUGAUGGGGUUUUUGGUAAGAUGGAAGAGUAA